AGGACAUACAAUAAUGUUUAAGCUAAAACUGGCACCCACGUUGCUUAUCAAUUAUUAUAAGGCCUUCUCAGCAGCAAAUAUGCGACCUCUGGAAAUGCCGAAAGAAUUUCAAGAACAGAACAUUGUGUUGGGCUAAUUUAGCAAGUAAUGACAAAAUUUCCAUUUUUUUAAAAAAUAAUUCCAAUUGGAAACAAUCCAAUUCUUUUUUCGAGGAGAUAAUUGAAAAACGAACACUUAUAUAUAGUCAAUUUGAAUGAAUGUGUGCAUUGUGUAGUUAUAAACGAGCUAUCGUGUUCUAUAAAAACGGCCUUCUAAAACUAUGAAACAUUUCCGUGAGAAUAUCGCUCAUUUGAAUUCAUGGGUUACCGUUUUGCUCCUCAUCUUUCAAUUCACACAGGCUUCAGCCGAGUGUAGUGACGAUCAAUUCUCAUGUAUUCAGCGUAAUGGUGAACGCAAAUGCAUAGAUGAUUUAUACAAAUGUAACGGUGCAAAAGACCUGGAUGUGUGCCCCUUUGGUCAUGAUGAAGCGGAUUGUUCGUGUGACGAUGUGGAUACAUUCAAGUGUAACAAUGGAAGGUGCAUUUACAAUGUGUUGAAAUGUGAUGGAAUUUCUCAUUGUGACGAAAAUGAAGAUGAAAACCCAGAAUUUUGUAUAAAGCCCACAACCCCAGAAGAGCCAUCGACCACGAUUUUGACUACAGAAGAAACAACAGCAAGUACUACUACGACAAUGACAACACCAGAAACUGUCGUUACAGACGCGAAAAUCGGGGAAACAACAACAGGAACCACCAAUUCUACACUAACCACCAUAGAACCAAGAAUAAAUACAACAACGAUGACAAUAUCUUCCACUUCAACUUUGGCUCCAACUUCGUCUUCAACUUUGACAACGACUACUGCGACUACAACUACUACAAUGAAGCCGCCAACAACAAAACCAACACCCAAGCCAACCACAAGGAAAACUACGACAAAAUCACCACCUAAGCCAAUCACAAAGAAAACUACGACAAAAUCACCACCUAAGCCAACCACAAGGAAAACUACGACAAAAUCACCACCUAAGCCAACCACAACGACGGCAAAAUCUACCACGUCAACAAAAACGCCAGAGCAGACAACUACAACUACGACUAGAACAACGACUACAACAACCCAACCACUACCAGUUUCCCACUGUGACCCAAGCGGAACACUUCGUCAGCAUCCAGACGGUCGUUGCGAAUGCAAAGAACAUGCAUCCGGCGCCCUUUGCGAUCAAUGCUCAAGCCAUUCAUUCUUCUUAAGUCCAAGAUUCAACACCGGAUGCAUUCAGUGUUUCUGUAAUGGUGUGAGCCAAACAUGUACCAGCAGCUCAUUGUACAGAGACUCGACUAUUGCUACAUUCGCCCCGAACCGCCAUGAAUUCGCAUUGAUCACCGAUUUCGAAAGUCCACAAGAAAGUGAUCUUGAGGUUAGCACAUACAACAAUGAAGUUUUGAUUCAAAAUUUGGCUGGUGAUCCAGAUGUUUAUUUCUGGCGUUUGCCAUCACGUUUUGCCGGUAACAAAAUCACGUCGUAUGGUGGAAAUCUCAACUACACCAUUCGAUAUGUGCCAAUGCCUGGUGGUAUUAUGUCACGAAACAACGCACCCGAUGUGGUCAUUCGCAGUUCGAAUGAAAUCACCAUUUUGCAUUAUCGUCAUGAUGAAGUCGCUCCAAGCAUUUCCCAACCGUACAUUGUACCACUUUUGGAAGUGAAUUGGCAACGUAUCGAUGGAGUUAGCAUCAAUCGUGAACAUUUGCUCAUGACUUUGGCCGAUGUAUCGGAUAUUUUCAUCAAAGCAACAUACACGACCACAACUGAUGAAGCCGCUUUGUCUUCAGUCAUUUUGGAUACGACCAGUUCACACUACACUGGUAACCCAGCCCGUGCCUCGGAAGUUGAACAAUGUACAUGUCCACAAGGUUUUCAGGGAACCAGUUGUGAAGAAUGCGCUUCAGGUUACAGACGAAGCGAAAAUGGUUAUUACUUAGGGUUGUGCGAACCAUGCGAUUGUAACGGACAUUCAGUUGAGUGCGAUGCUAAAACUGGCGUUUGUCAUAAUUGCCGUGACAACACUGAAGGUGACCAUUGUGAAGUCCCACCAAAGCGAAAAUAUGUGCUACCAUCUAUUGAAAUUCAACCGCUUCAGCCACAAUCCGUUCGAUUUGAUGGAUCGGUCAUUUUGACCUGUCGUGUGCUUGCCGGAUUCCCAGCUCCAACUGUGAUGUGGGCUCGUCGUGAUGGAAAACCACUUUCACAGCGCGUUAAAGAAACAUAUGAUGGACCCGAUUUAAUUUCAAUUGAUUAUCCCAUUUCAAGCAUAAUCGUCGAAGAUGCGGGACAGUAUGAAUGUCGUGCAUCAAACAAAGUCGGAGGAGUAACACAAACGACAGUGAUUCGCGUUCUACAACCACCAAUUAGUCAUAUUUUGCCCGAUACACAAGUGUUGACUGUAACCGAAGGCGAUGAAUUCUAUUUGGAAUGUUUCGCAGAAGGAUAUCCCUUGCCGAAUGUACAAUGGGAACGACCUGAUAGAGUCAAAAGGGAUACGAAUCCAUUGCAGAGGCGAACAAAAUCCAAGGGAUAUUCACCACUUCAUAACGAACAUAAACCCUCAUAUCAAAGUUUAAUCCGCACAUACAAGGCCUACCGCAGCGAUGAAGGAACAUACAUUUGCCUUGCUAAAAACGCAGCUGGUGAAGAUCGAAAAACUAUCACCGUUCGUGUUGAGCCCAGACGUGACAAUUUUGGCGAUGACGACACAAAUACAGUAAACGAUUCACCAAUUCAAGACAAUCGUCCCAUAAGACAUCCUUCAAAGCAAUACAGUGUGAUUGAAGGUGCUACUACCAAGAUGACAUGUGAAAUUCCAGUCAAGAACAAACCUAUAUACUGGAUACGUUCAGAUGGACGACAAUUGUCCACAAAUCAUAGACUUUUUGGACGUGAUUUGAUUAUCUGCAACACACAGAAAAGUGAUGCUGGCAUUUAUGAUUGUAUAAUACACGAGUUAAUAACCCAGAAUGCAAUGUUCACCACUGAACUCAUCGUUCGCGAUCGUACGGAUGAAAGUCGUGUACGAAAAGCACAUGCAGGUGGUAGAACACGGUCAUAUGGUUUUCAUCAAAAUUAGAAAAAUACCGAAAAUCAAUUUCGAAAAUCAACCAUUAUUACAUUAAAAUUUAAUGAUUAAAUUUAUUCGCUUCAAAAUGUUUUCA